GAGAGUUUGGGAGAGUAAGGAUAGUGUAAUCCGUAUCGAUCAUGAAGCCGGGGAGUUGCAUUAUUUGCGAUCUUGGAAUUCGUUGGUUACGGGAAGUGAUAUCCUCCUGCGAGUGCGAGGCAAUGUUUCUUUACAAGUUGUGUUGCGCCGAGGGAACAGUGAAGUUUUGAGAUUGACUCUGUCAAUUGAGAUCACACCAUUGAAAUGGAGGAAUGUUGCUGGGGGAGUUAAAGUGGUUUCACUUGGUCGGUGAUAUGGUGGAUUUCGUGAUUUGACUCCAAUCUGACUGAAAGGCUCAAUCUGACAGUUAGAGUUGCCUGCAUUAAUACUUGGAGCUUAGGGAGUAGGUGUUAGAACAAGGGUGACUACCCACUUUCCAAUUUUCCAGGUAACAUUCUUGAGGGAAGCACACCUCUUCUGGCGCUUCGCACGGGUCUGACACAAAGCUCUUUUCGUCAUCCAGCUCAGUUCGCUGAGUCUGGCAGGAUCCUCGAAGCGUGCAAUUGUAGUGUUGUCAUUCUGCGGUGCUGAGUCGUGUACACCACUUGCUUGAGACGGCGAACCUUCACCAAGACAUCCCUCUUGCUCAAUUGAGAUUCACUUUCCAAACUGUCGGUAGAUCGGCUGUGGCUCAGGUGGAGUAGAAUUGUGAGCUUGCGACAUUUUCGAUGACAGCACUGUGAUUACUUUCCAACAUCUAUGCAAGAGUGGCGAUUGAUCAAGGCCUUGAAUCAAUAUGUCAACUUUUCGUGCUUGUGGCCUUGUUCGUGGUGCCGCCGGAUAUUUGUGACUUAGAGGCUGGGCUCGACAUCACAGGAAGCAUCUACAUUUGUAGAGCGAGGAGAGAAGUUGAUCCUGCAGCCGUGCUUAUGCCCUCGAGCCCACGUCGCUAUUUUCUUAGUUCUUCUCACUGGGUACGAUUGAUUCUGGCUGAUCAACUUGAUCUGCGUACAAUUAGACAAUGCUGGCCCCCGAAGCUCUGGUCCUUUCGAGUACCACCCCUGUAAACAUGUCGGGAAGACUUUGUUAAGCAUUAGAUGAGUCGGCCAGCUCUCAAUCAUUAAUGAGCACUCAAUAACUGUCCAAUGUACCAGGCAAGGAUGGUCCCUUUGGUAGGGAACAACUUGAAAUUGCGAAGACAGGAGCUUGUUUUGGUUCCAGAGAAUCAAAGGAUUGGAAGUGUGAAAAUAUUUUGUCGGAAGCCCGUGUAGAGAGUUGAAGAGUUGUGGCAAAUCUGGUAGUUUAUUCGAAUGAGUUCACCGUAGCCUAGGCCAUGUUUAUAAUCUCGCUGAAGAAAUGGUCAUGAACUCGUUAAGUGCGAAGUUGCUGAUGGAGGCAACUAAGAGGAGCCCCAUGGCCUUACGGGAGGAUCUUUUUUGUUCUGAAUGAGAGGAACAAUGCGAGCUGUAUCAAGUAUUUUUUUCGAAAAGUGGAACUAGUAAUGGUACAUGCUGUCUGCGCUGACCCAAAUUCAGCAAUUUUUUAUUUUAUUUUAUUUUAUUUUAUUCUUUUGCUUUAUAUCCUGGAUUGACGUGGUGACUAAUGCUGUGUCUGGUAGGCACAUCUCGGAAUUGUUCAGAGUGAAUUGCGUUGUAGAUUCUUCUUUUUUGGUAUUAAGUACUAUCAUCACAAACGCAAGAUUUUCACGUAUAAUGGAGCUUUCAAACGUUCCGGCAGACAUUAAAGUUUCGCUUAAAUUUCCUUUGACAUCCUCAUCAUCGACGCCUCAGUUACCUUCGUCUUCUACUCCCAUGCGUAUAUCACCCGCUGUCUUGGGUUUUCCUGUGCUCUAAAGUGCGUUCUCUCAAAAUCCUUUUCCUUCAUGUCCUCAUACCGUUUUGUGUUAUCGGUAUUACUCAUCUAAACCCCAAAGAAGCUCGUUUCUUAAAUGAUUCGUAGUGGAGCUUUGACUGCGGCCAUAAGUUCCCGAAACAUGAGAGCCAACUCAGGCACCUGUACAGCUUCGUCGUUCACGAUGUGCCCCUCUUGAUAUCGAUCGAGACUCGAUCGUUGUCCACUGUCACUGAGCUCAAUAGCUCAGGAGUUUAAUGAAACUGCAAGCUUCAGUAUACGUCAAGAGUUGCUGCUCUAUAGUCCACAAGUUGCUGCGAUCUAUGUCAGGCGCCAGCCAGAAACCAGGUGACAUUGACGGGCCCAAUGUGGGUGGAAAUGAGCGAUCACUUGAUGCAGUAGCUGGUGCUGACUCAGGAGCUUACGAGCAGGACGAUUCCAGCGAACGCGUGGAAAUUCUCACUUCGUCGAGGAAGCAAGAGCCGGAAGUGCGGAAGAAGACCAAAGUUGAAGGGGACACUCGGCACCCCAUCUACCGCGGGGUGCGUAAACGGCCUUGGGGCAUCUGGGUCACCGAAAUCCGCCGCCCUAAGAAGAAGUCUCGCAUCUGGUUGGGCAGCUUCGCUACAGCGGAGAUGGCAGCGCGGGCCUAUGAUUGCGCUGCUUUGGCUUUGAGAGGAAAUGGUGCGACCCUAAACUUUCCCAAGCUGGUACACUCUCUUCCCAGGCUCACCGAUCUCAGCGACAAGUCCAUCCAGGCAGCGGCCACCAUUGCCGCAAACAACUUCGCACAUCGUAGUGAGGGAAGCAAAUGCUUAGAGAUUGCAACCUCAAAUUUGUUGUUACCUGCGAUAUCUCGGGUAAUCAAGUCUGACACAGAUCACCAGCAAUACGAAGAGACUUAUGGCGCAAUGCAAGCGUUUAAGAGCACAUUACUGAGACCUGAAACCUCAUCCCGAAUUUCUCAUGACUCGACUUCAAAUAGAGGCAAGAUCUCGUCAAAUCAGAGGAGGGAGGACACUAGUUCAACCUCACAAUUUGCAGCAACCGGAACUGGCACUAACCAUAAGUGUAAUACCGACUCUUCGCCUAGCGGCACGAGUACGCCCGACAACGUGAGUAACAGUAGCAGUAGGGAUCAGUUAACGGAGAAAUCACCACAGCUAGUAGCGGGGGAAAGUAUUCCUGAUACCCCCCGCGUUCAGCAGCCAAUGUACGUGGAUGCGGACGACGUGUUUACGCUCGGGUUGACGAACUUGUGCGAUGCCAUGUGCAUUCCCCCGCCGGACUCUGAGCACGCUACCGAAACCGACGGAGAGGAGGGGUCCAACACCUGGGAACCCCACCUCUGGAGCUAUUGACUUUUAUUCAAUUCUCACUCUCUACACUCGCUUUUAUGUUGUAUAAUUAUUUAUCAAGAAGACCCAUUUGAAGGGAAGAAAAGAAAAGAAAAACAAAAAACUUCCAAAUU